GUCCGCAGGAAAACAGUCCUGCGUGGGCAGUAGACAGCCACCACGCUAUAAAAGGACCAGCACGCGGCCGUGUCGUUGCUUCCGACAUUCACUCAGACAUCCAAACCAAACAAGUAUCUGUCAAUACGCUCACUACUCUCUGCAUUCUCAAUCUCCACGAGUCACAAACCAAGUGGUCCUUGUCCAUAGCCUUACUCUCAGAAUAUCUUUCUAAUCUUCAUAAUCUCGAACCCAAAAAUGCAGUCUUCGGUCUCUGCCCUUUCUCUCUAUGCUCUGUCUGCCAAGCAGCAAGAGUUCCUGACCCAGAUCGCUGGCUCAUUCCACGUAUCCGACGACCAGCUCUCGACCAUCAUCACCAAGCUCGAGUCUGAGCUUGCCCGCGGCCUCAAGACCAACGAGCAGUGCGAGCUGUACAUGUCGCCGUCGCUCGUCAACUCCCAGAAGACCCCGACGGGCACUGCCCUCAGCAUGGCCAUCGAGUCUUCUGGCAAGCGCGUGCGUCUGAACUCUGUGACAUUCAACGCCGAUUCGUCGAUUGCCGAUACCAAGACCCAGAUCUUCAUCGCACCUACCCAGUGCAUGGCCUCGGUCGACAGUCUAUUUGAGCAUGUUGCCUACAGCAUCCGUGAGUUCCUCCACAACUACCACCUUGAUGAGAUUGCCGGCAAGUCGCCUCUGCCUCUUGGUUUCACGAUUGGCUUCCCAGUGAGCAACUGCGGCGUGUGCGAGUCGACCAAGGAGGACUCGAUUGACCUUGACGGUGCCGAUAUCACACAGUUGCUGCAGGACGUAGUCAUCCGCCACCAUCUGCCGGUGCAGGUCACCUCAGUCACCAACAACACUGUCAGCGCCCUGGUUGCUGCCCAGUUUGCUGACAAGACCACUCGCGUGGCUGCCUCGUUCAACAAUGGCGUUAAUGCUGCGUACUACGAGCCUGUCAGCAAUGUCGAGACGUUCUCGUCUGCGGGCGUGACCAGGAAUGCCAAGGUUGCCAUUAACACUGAGCUUGGCCGGUUUGGCUCCUCCUCUGGCGUUCUGCCGCAAACCAUGUGGGACCGCCGCAUCGACCGCGAGUCGCGCAACCCCGGUCUGCGUUCGUUCGAGAAGCUGGUUGCCAGCCAGUAUCUGGGUGAGAUUGUGCGCAAUCUGAUCACUGACUUUAUUGACAAGCACUUGCUGUUCUCGGUCAACUGCCCGGUCAAGGAGAUCAGCACAGAAUACUCGUUCCACACUGCCUAUAUUGGCAGCAUCAUGGACGACGAGACCAGGGACCUGGAGCGCGUCGGCGGCAUUAUUGCUGCUGAGUUUGGCAUCGAGGCUUCGCUGGCCGACCGCCAGAUCGUCCGUGCUCUUUGUGAAAUCGUCGCCGCCCGCGCCUCGCGCCUGUCGGGUGCCGCGCUGGCUGCCCUGAUCUUCAAGAGCAAUGCCCAUGUGGACUGUGCCUCGAUUGCUCUCAGUGGUGCGCUGUUUGACAUGAACCGCAAGGUCUACGAGCACACCAUCGCAACCCUGCAGGAGCAGCUUCAGCGGUCGGCAGCCACAACGGCCACGGUCAGCCUGCAGCGCCGCGACUCGGAUCUGAUCGGUGCUGCUAUUGAUGCGGUCUGCUAUUAAGAGCCCAUGGCUCAAGUAUCUCUUGAAUCAGACAAAUUGACUGUAAAAAACAUUCCAAAAG